AUGCAGUGCUCUCUGUGCAAGCUGCGUACCCACCAGUGGUGUUUCCUUCUCUUCAACGUUCUCCUCUUCCAUGCCUUGUUGUUUGGGGCUGACUUUGUCGAGGAGUACCUCCUGCAGCCCACACCUGCUGUCUACACUGAUGGCACUGUCGUUGAUGUAAGAGAGAAAGCGAGGAAACUAGAUCUGAGCAACGCCAGGGAGAAUGUGUCCCAGGCCUACCCCAUCGCUAACCCUGAUGCCUGCAGUAACUCAGACCUCUUCCUCCUUACACUAGUUUUCAGCUCCCCAGGUAAUAUCACUCAAAGAGAUGCAGUCAGGAGAUCAUGGGCCAACCAAACACUUGUCGAAGGCUUCCCAGUGAGGGUACUGUUCUUCUUAGGAUCAACUAAGACUUCUGCUGCACAAGACGCCCUCGUGAUAGAGUUUGACCGCUUUGGGGACAUGGUUCAAGGUCAUGCUGUGGCCGACUCGUCCCUCCGUGGCCAGACAGAGAGGACUGUACUGGCACUCCGCUGGGUGAUCACCUUCUGUCCUCUGGCACGCUUUGUUCUGCUGACCAAGGACUCUGUGUUUGUCAACCUCCCUGCCAUCGGAGACUACCUGCUUGGGCUACACAGGCACCCUGAGGACCUUUAUCUAGGUAGGGUGAUUCAGAGAGACUCACCUGAUAGAGACCCCAAUAGUCCUGGCUACCUGCCCCCAGUUCUAUACCCUGACAAGUACCUGCCUGAAUACUGUGAUGGAACGGCUUAUGUUUUAUCCCAAGAUGUGGUCCGGAAAGUGUACAUAGCGUCUGCAGCUGUCCGUGCACCUGUGAAAGCUGAUGUUUUUGUGGGCCUUUGUUCUCAGAGGGCUGGUGUGUCACCAACCCACAGUGCUAGGUUCUCAGGAGAGAAACAUAUCCGCUACAACACCUGCUGCUACCGCUAUCUCUUCAGUUCAGCAGGAAUGGCAAACCAUGAACUAGAAACAGUGUGGGCAGACCUGGGACAGAAGGGUGGAAGAUGCUCCCUGUUACAGACCUACUACGGCCUGGUGACUUGCAAGGCCCUUACAUACCUAGAUAAACUGUCCUUCUUCAACUCCCAGGGACAAGCUUAAUUGCAUGGUUAAUUGACGGAGUGUGUGUGUGAUUAGUUUGUAAGUACAAGAGAGACAAAAACUGACAGGAAGUUGGGUUGAAAGAAACAAAAGGAAUGUGUGUGUAAGUUUGUUGUCCUUGUGCAUAUGUGGGUGGCAGUGUCUGCUUUAAUUGUGUUAAUUUCAGAUCAGAGUCUUGGUGUGACAGCUCAGAUCACUAUAAUGAGAAAGUGAAUUAUUGUAAUACAUUGUUUGUUUUGUGUGUACAUUGUGUAUCCACGGGGCCAGGUUUAUGUAAAUAAGAGUGCAGUGCAAAGUUGACUUCUAAUUCAGUAGAAACAUUAAUUCUUUUUUCUCGAGUGAAUUUUGCAGAUUUUCCACAAAAACAAAAUCCACUUAUGUUUAUUUCCAUGUACAUAAUGUUGUCUUUAUCUUAUAUUUAAACUGAUGUUUUCCAAGAGCCAGUGCAGAGGAGGCAGACAUGAAGAAAAAGAUAAAAAUGUGAAGUGAAACUAAAGCCAAAUAUACCUUUAUCACAGCAAACACUUAGAUUUUUUCAAAGACAGCUGUAAAUGAUAACAUUAUUAACUGCUGCAUUGCUUUGUAAUAAUAGCUAGAAAGGAGCUGUCGUCAAUGUUUGUAAUUUCACCUGUGCUUUCCUGCUUAACGAAGGAGUAAUGUACUUUUUUUUUUUUUUUUUAAUUCUUCGAGGGGUCAGAUUUCACAGGAUCUUGUUGUCCUUUGAGUCAUUCUGGCUGAUUGAACCUCUGCUCACGCUGAAGUUUAAGUGAAGAUAUGAUUGGAAUAUGCCUUGAAGACAUUUUGACAUGUCUCAGUGGGAAAAAAGCACAGGUGUAAAUGAUAAAAUCACAGAUGGGUGAAUUCUGUUUAGCUUCUUCGGUUUCAGGGUUUGUGAGGUUAUAGACUCCAUGUACUCAUAAUAAAUGUUUUACCAUGGCAGACAUUUUAAUUCAUCAUUCCAGAGAAGCAGAGAUGAAACUAAUGAUAAUGAUGAGGGCUCCUUAGCUGUUCGGUGCACAAAUGUCAGUAUUGGAUUUCACAAAACUAAAUGGGAUGCAGAUAUCAUUAAUGUUAUUAAUCGCACAUGUGUUUUUCCUGCUGUGAUAAUUCCAAUUGUGUGGUUUAAAAAGGCCUAAAGAUGUUUUCUUGCUCUUACGGCACAUGCUAAAAUAACAAGUAGGUGAGUCAGGGAGAUAUACAUCUGUGCAUGCACACGCAGUCCUGGGAGGAAGUCUAAUCAGGCACAAUAAUUAAUAACACCUGUGUGGGUGGAUAUUGGUGUGGAG